CAACUUGCGCGCGUCGUACGCUGCCUACCCCAGUUUCUAAUUCUGAAGCGUUUCCUGUUAUUUUGAGAGGUGACUCUCCCUCCAGGACCAGGACUAAAGUUUACCUCAACAUCCCCAGACAGACGUCCUACUCUAGCAUCCGACGGCCGAUGUUGAGUUUAACAACUGCUGGGGGGUGUUUCACAAAACUUGUCAUCAGUGACAAUUGACAGUUUUUGUUAUAAGCUACUGGAAUACUUGCUUCUGAUUGGUUAUCAGCAGAUUUGCCACUGACUUUUGUCAUUUGUCAUUGUAAAAAGGCUUUGUGAAACAUGGAUGAGAAAUCCAAGAUCACCUUGACAGCGACCAACAAGCAAGAGUGGCCAAACUCGACCCUUAAGUCGCUGAACACAUUCCGGCAGUCUGGACACUCCUUAUGCGAUGUCUUCCUCCAAGGGGAGGAUGAGAUGCCGAUGGAACCAAUACCCGCUCAUCGGUGUGUGCUUGCUGCCAACAGCGUUUACUUCAAUGCCAUGUUCACAUCGGGGCUUGCAGAGAGUACACCGGCCCACAGGACGAUCACGAUCAGUGGGGUAGACACAGAUAUUCUGUCACUCGUUGUGGAGUUCCUCUAUGUGGGAAGCUGUCAUCUGCCGAGCGGCACCAAGCAUUCUAGAGUGAUGGAUCUGCUUACUGCUUCGACCAUGCUGCAGGUUGAUGAGCUUUCCCGUGCAUGCACUAUCUACCUUGAAGAAAGCUUGGACACUGACAAUGCAUUAGAGCUGUGGCUGUUUGCCGAGAGUUACAGAAUUUCUGACCUGGCUGAGACUUGCAAGAAGGUUGUCCAGUCAUACUUUUGGUCGAUCAGCAGGAGUCAGCGUGUGCUUGAGCUGGAUCUUCAAGAUAUGGCAGCCGUGCUUGGUCUGGAGGAGGUCAAUUUAGGGAAUGCAGCAAAUGAAGACACCCUGGUUGAGCUACUUCUGAGAUGGCUGACCUAUAACCCCAAAGCUCUUGAUUCGAAUCUGCUUCCUGUUCUCAGUAAGGUAUGUUGGAGUGAAGUCAGCCAAGAGUGCAAGGACAAAUUCAGAGAGACGCUUGCUGAAAUCUCCAAGGACAGUUCGUCAGAAUCUUUCGACGCUGAAAAGGUAUUUGAUGUCAUCUCAAAAUCUUCAUCUUUGAACCAAAGCUUCAAUCGAACAUUCUUCUGCCCCGUGUGUGCCAUUGGAUUUGCUCCGUUGUCAAGCAGUACAUGGGAUGUAUAUGGCCAUGAACCCAGUACCUUGGAGGUCGUAGACAUUGACAAGAGGACUGGCACCGUCCUCAGGCAGUGGUCCAGGGAGUUUCUCAGGGAGCAGUUCAGUUUCCUACCUCUCCGCGGUCACCUCUAUGCAUCAUCCAACACACGUUACAACACACAUUACAGCAGUACCAAGCAUAUUGAUGUGCUCUGCCUGAGUGUGGCUAACGUUAAGAAUACCAAAGUGAUGAGGACUAGAAGUUUGGAUGAAGAGUCGGUGUGGUUGAACGUGAUUGAAAAGCAACAUUAUACACGUGCCAUUGAUGAGGAAACGGGCAUUGUCUAUCUGUGUGGGGACCCAAAAGCGUGGGAUCAAAGCCGUGUCAAAACUUCUACACAGGUCUUCAAGCUGGAUAUCGAAAAUAAUGUCUGCUCUCAAUUGACCAGUCUCCCUUUUGAGAGAUGUCAUGAUAGAGCGGUAGUGGUAGAAGGAGACCUAUUUGUAUUUGGUUCAGUAGACCGGUCACCAACCCCUGUCUCGACUGUCCUGAAGUAUGACUGGAAGAACAAUGCGUGGCAAGAAGUGAGUCCCAUGCAUGAGUCCAGAAAAGAAGGAGCCUAUGCCUGUGUUGAUGGCAAGAUAUAUGCGUCAGGUGGAUGGACCUCGAAAGCUCGUUCAAGAAAUGUUGAAAUGUACGACCCUUCUCUGGACAUCUGGACAAAAUUGAGUCCAAUGUCGUUACCCAGGGUCAACCAUGGACUCGUUGCUGUGGGAAUGUAUCUCUUUGCUAUGGGCGGCGAGUCAACGUAUUCAGAAGAAGACAUUAUCUGGAACGGCCAUAAAAUGGUGGAAAGGUACAGCAUCACCGAAGGAUGCUGGGAGGCUGCUUGGGAGAUGGCAGAGUGCAGAGAGGGGAUGCGGGCUUUCACCCUCUAGAACAGUGAUGUAAGGAAAGUCAACAAAACAAACACACAAGAACAGUAGAGAGAUACAGCAUCACUGAAGGAUGCUGGGAGGCUGCUUGGGAGAUGGCAGAGUGCAGAGAGGGGAUGCGGGCUUUCACCCUCUAGAACAGUGAUGUAAGGAAAGUCAACAAAACAAACACACAAGAACAGUAGAGAGAUUAAGCAUCACUGAAGGAUGCUUGGAGGCUGCUUGGGAGAUGACAGAGUGCAGACAGGGGAUGCGGGCUUUCACCCUCUAGAACAGUGAUGUAAGGAAAGUCAACAAAACAAAAACACAAGAACAGUAGAGAGAUUAAGCAUCACUGAAGGAUGCUGGGAGGCUGCUUGGGAGAUGGCAGAGUGCAGACAGGGGAUGCGGGCUUUCACCCUCUAGAACAGUGAUGUAAGGAAAGUCAACAAAACAAAAACACAAGAACAGUAGAGAGAUGCAGCAUCACUGAAGGAUGCUGGGAGGCUGCUUGGGAGAUGGCAGAGUACAGAGAGGGGAUGCGGGCUUUCACCCUCUAGAACAGUAAUGUAAGAAAGUCAACAAAACAAAAACACAAGAACAGUAGAGAGAUGCUGCAUCACUGAAGGAUGCUGGGAGGCUGCUUGGGAGAGUGCAGAGAGGGGAUGUGGGCUUUCACCCUCUAGAAAAGUGAUGUAUAGGGAAAGUCAACAAAACAAAAACACAAGAACAGUAGACAAUAUCCCUGCCCAGACUGCCAUGGUUGUGACCCUUCUCCGUGCAAAAUUAUUGAAGGUCAAAAAGGUUCAAUAUUCAGCUUGAUGUCAGUGCCUCAAUUUCUAAUUUAUUUUCAUGAAAUCUUCUAUGAACCUGUAAAGUCUACUUUAACUCUUUAGAUAUUGUUAUAGGGUUAAAAGUGUCAAGGGUUAUUUCAACUGUUUAGAAUAUUAUAAUUAAAAUUCAUGAGACCACCUCAGAUUUGGAAGCCCCUCAGGUCUUUUCAAUAGAUUAAUACCGGUAAAUGUUUAGAAACUUGAUACAUUAAAAUUUUCCCAUUAUAUUCUA